AUGCGCAUACGUCACGCAGCUCAAGCGCAUGAGACAAGAAAGUCAAAUAUGCUCUAUUGGAGUGUAACAUCUCCGACACGCGAUAAUAUUGUAGGCGAUCAUCUUUAUCGUUUACGUUAUUUUAAGAUACCCGCGUAUUGUCCUUACUGCGAAGAUUACAUUUGGGGCAGCGGAAGUGUUGGCUAUCAAUGUCAACAAUGUCUAGAUUAUUUUCAUGUUGAAUGUUCACUUGUCAUCUCAUCUGGAACAUGUCCUGUUGCAUCAGGAGCAAAACCAUCGUCCUCUUCGUGUCAUGUAAAUAAUCGUUCACUAAUCACAUAUGAUCGUAGUAUACCAAUCACUGAUUGGUCAGUGAGCGAUGUUUGCGAAUGGUUAUCUGUUGUUAAUUUGUAUCGUUAUGCUCCGAAUUUUCAACAAUCUAAGUAUGAUGGUGUUAUGCUUUUAACAUUGAACGAUGAACAGCUGAAGCAUAAUCACAUUCACGAUCAAUUUCAGCGCCGUGCAAUAUUAGACGCAAUCAAAGAAUUGAAAUCAAGGGAAAAGUAUCGACCGAUAUCUAUCGAGCGUUUUCAGCCUCCUUCUUCUUCAAUUUCCAGUGCAUCAUCAACAACCCCAACAACACUCAUUAACGAUCAUGGUGAUAAUUUUAUAUGUACAACAUUUUAUGAGCGUCGUCAAUGUGAUCUUUGUGAGAAAUAUCUGUAUGGCAUUAUACAUCAGGGUUUACAAUGUAGUCGAUGUGGAAUUGUUGUUCAUCGCCAAUGUUCGAAAUUACCAUUGAAAAAAUGUGUACACACAAAUAAGCAAUUAGAAUGUCACAUGAUUAUUGGUACCGAUUUUAAUGAUCAACCGUUAGAUAUGAAAACGCAAUUACCAAUUAUCAUCACACGUCUAUGUACAACACUAGAACAAAUGGCAACUGAAAAUCCAUCAUUGUCACUCAUAGAUGCCUAUCGAUUUUCAAUUGAAUCACAAAGAAUUGCUUAUUUGAGAAAAUUAAUUAACGAUAAUGAUAUUGAAAAGAUGGAUUUUAAAAGAAUGGAAUUAUCAGAAUUAGCUAGUCUUGUUAAAGUCAGUUUAAAAGAGCCAGGAAUUGGCAUCAUUCCGGAUGAAAAUUAUGAUGAUUUUUUGAAUUUGGUUAAUGCACCAACACAAGUUGUACAAGAAUUUGUUAAUAAUUAUUCUAUGCCAUUUUAUAUUGAUUUUUUAAAAUUUUUAAUGAAACACAUCAUAACCGUAUGGAAACUUGAUUAUCAAUCAGCAUCUAUGACUGCAAAUUCCAAAGAACGAAAUAACAGUUUAACAUAUGACAGUGAGAAGUUAAUUGAUAAACUCGUUGCAAUAUUUAAGCAAUUGAUAUUCAGACCACCGUGGUAUAAAAUAAUGUCUCAUGCUCGAAAUGACAAAGAUCAUAUUUGUUUAUUAAAACGUUUUAUCUAUGAAAUUGAUUGGGAUAUCGAACGUCCACUAUUUCAACAUAGUAUUCCAUCAGCCGUAUUAUUAUCAUCACAUAAUCAAUAUCAACAGCAAUCAUUAGAAAAAUUUCCAUGGUUUUUUAAUCGCGAUGAAAUGAAACAACUUAAUUCAAAAUUAGCGUUUUCCACAACCGUAUCAUCACAAAUAGCUGAUGGUGAAUAUUAUGUUCGAUUUUCAAAUGAUUCUAAGGUUCUUGCACCAUUUACACUUGUUGUACAAAUUGAUGGUCAACAGCGUUUCAUUAGAAUAUGUAUGAAUAAACAAGGACAAUAUGGCUUUUCAAUAUCACAAUGUUAUUUUUCUACUAUACAAGAUUUAAUUAAUUAUUAUACACAAAAUUCAUUGUCAAAACAUUUUCCCAUACUAAAAACUGAUAUGAAAUUAACAAAACCAAUACAACGUGAUUUAUUUUUGGACUUGAGAAUUGAAGAUGAUUAUACCGUCAUAUUUUCAAAUAUACAUGAUCCUCAUGUAUUAAGGAUAACAUUAUUAGAAUUAACAAUGAAAUAUAAUGAAAUGGAGCAGACAUGUUCGGCUUUAAAAUCAGAAUAUCAAGCCAUGAUAACAUUGAUGAGUGAAGUACAACGUUCAACAAUGGCUUAUGGACGAAUAUUAACAAUUUAUGAAAAACAAAUGAAAUUAAAUCGUGAAAAUAUAAUUCAAUGUCAAAAACAAGUUGAAAAACAUGAAUUUGAAAAAUCAUAUAAGUAUUUGGAAACACGCGUCGAAUCAUUUAUAAAUAAUAUGCAAAAACUAAACGAUAUGUAUGCGGAGAAACAAGUAAAACGAGAACAAUUAUAUAAUAAAAUUGAAUCAAAGAAAAUAGAAAUGAAACAAUAUGAAAAGAAAAUAGCCAUGUGUAUGAAAACACUGGAAGAUAAAGGAAUUGAACCACAUGAAAUAAACAGUUGGCUUGGUGUACCAGACGAAGAUGAACCAUGGUUUUUGCCCGAUUAUAAUCGAGAAAUGGCUCAUAGUUUACUGAAAACGUGUCCUGAAGGAACAUAUUUAAUUCGUAAUUCAUCAAAUGGUCUCUAUGCUCUAACAAUUGUUCAUAAUGGACUCAUCUAUGAUUGUCGUAUUGGACGCGAUGUAAAUCAGAAUUAUGCAUUUGGAUUUGUAACAACAACAACAACACCACCAGCAACAAAUAAUAAUGUUUCCUCAAAUAAAAAUGGUCCUUCCGAUGAAAUAUACUCAAAAAUCACAUUUAGCGAACGUUUAUUUUAUUCUCUUAAAGAUCUUGUUGAAUAUUAUACGCAACAUUCAUUAGUUGAACAUGCAUCUAAUUUAAAUACGCGCUUGAUUACACCCAUUAAACGACAUGUAUAA